AUGUGACCCCAACCCCGCCUCCCUCCGAACCCCAUGAUGUCAGAAAAAACACGACAGGGAAAAUUCACCGCAGCCAAGAAAAAGUUAAAAGAAUAUUGGAAGAGGAAGAGCCCUGGCGUUCCAGCAGGAUCUAACAGGAAAAAGAAGAUCAAUGGCAGUAGCCGUGACACCGCCGCUUCUGGUGGUUACCACUCACCUGGGGAUUCAGCAACAGGUGUCUACGGGGAGGGCCCUGUGUCAUCUACUACCCUGAAAGAUCUGCAGGUUCCCACAUUGAAGGAGGAGAAGAAGCAUAGGAUACAUCGGGUACAGAAGCUUGGGAGGAGCUUGUUCAAACUCAAAAACCAGAGGGCUGAACCCCGGGCCCCAGAUCCCCCAGCAGGGCCCUCUGAGGUGGAGCAGCUACAAGAUGAGACCAAACACCUAAGGCAGGAGCUGGAAAGUCUAGGAAGACAGCUCCAGGCUGAGGUGGAAAACAAUCAGAUGUUGAAUCUCCUGAACAGGAGACAGGAGGGGAGGCUGCAGGAGCAGGAGAAGAGGAUACGUGAGCAGGAGGAGAGGAUACAUGAGCAGGAGGAAAGGAUACAUGAGCAGGAGGAGAAGCUACAUGAGCAGGAGGAGAAGCUCUCUGGACAGGAGGAGAGGAUACGUGAGCAGGAGGAGAGGAUACGUGAGCAGGAGGAGAAGCUACAUGAGCAGGAGGAGAGGCUAUCUGGGCAGGAGGAGAGGAUACGUGAGCAGGAGGAGAGGAUACAUGAGCAGGAUGAGAGGCUAUGGGAGCAGGAGUGGCUGCCAGAGCAGGAGAGGCUGCUGGAGGAGGUGAAGAAGCUGUUGGAACGGGAGAGACGGGAGGAGGAGGAGGAGAAGCUGCUAGAGCAUGAGAGGCUGCUGAACCAGGUAGAGAAGCUGCUGGAAGAGGAGAGGCUACAGGAGGAGGAGAGGCUUCCAGAGCAGGAGAGGCUGUUGGAGCAGGUGGAGAAGCUAUUGGAACAGGAGAGGUGGCAGGAAGAACAGGAGAGGCUGCUAGACCAUGGGAAGCUGCUGGACCAGGUGGAGGAACUGUUGGAAAAGGAGAGGUUGCGGGAGCAGGAGAGGCUGCUGGAGCAGGUGGAGAAGCUUUUGGAACGGGAGAGGCGACAGGAGGAGCAGAAGAGGCUGCUGGAGGAGGAGCAGCUGCUGGACCAAGUGGAGGAGAUGCUGGAACAGGAGAGGCUGCGGGAGCAGGAUCAGAGGCUGUGGGAGCAGGAGACACUGCGGGAGCUGGGGAGGCUACGGGAGCUGGAGAGGAUGCUGGAGCUGGAGUGGGAAGCCCUCUACGAGCAGCAGGUGGAGCCACACAGCAGCUUCCAGGAGCUGAACAAUGAGAACAAGAGCACACUGCAGUUGGAGCCGCAAGUAGAGGAACUGAAGAAGCUGGGCGAGUUGAAAGACACGGAGCACCUGGAAGCUACCAGCCAGCAGAAACAGCAGCUAAAGCCCAGUUGAGCCUCAUGGCUCUCCCUGGGGAAGGUACGGGAGACCACUCGGAGGAAGAGGCGAGAGCCCCAGGAGGAAAGCGGGACUGUUAGCAGCAUAGGAUUGAGGAGUUGGAAGAGACGUUUAAGACAGCUGGUCAUUAUGCCGACCGGGUGUCCGCGCUAAGUUCGGUAUCAAUAUGGUGACCUCCUGGGAGCAGGAGGCCAUCAGGUUGCCUAAGGACAGGAGAACUGGCCCAGGUCAGAAAGGGAGCAGGUCAGGACUCCGGCACCAAUCGGUAGUGGGACUGUGCCUGGGCAGUAUAGCAAGAUCUUGGUUCUUAAAAGUAAAAAUAAAGAACAGCUCAUUCCUCUCUGGGAAUGGGCUGAUUCAGGGUUACACAGGGAGGGUGGGGGCAGAGGUGGGCCCCCAGUACUUCCCUUGUUGUGUUGUCUGAGGACCCCUCUGGCCACCCCCUAGAGGAGAUGGAGGAGGACAUCUGGACAGUGAGGAAGAGGAGGCACCUCAGCCCAUGCCGAACAUCCCAGGGGACCUGCAGAGCCUGGAGGUCAGGUGGCAUUUUUCAACUUCGCUGGAGCCAGUGCCCAGGAAGAGCAAAGGGUAUGAUGCCAGUGCCUGGCUCACCCAGUGGCUUCAUCCCAGAGGACCCCAGGGACUGGGGAGCGACUUUAUGGAGGACAAGGUGGACCCGAAGGAACCAGUGGAGUAACCGGAGCUUCGAUUCAUCCACCUCUCGGGACAGACACCGAAAGUACAUCAGCCAGGGGGCAGUGCCAAAAUGCGGCACUGGGAGAGGAGGACAUCAUCAGGCUGGCCCAGGACCAAGAGAUGGAAGUGAACCUGCUGGAGCUGCAGGGACAGGUGUUGCGGCUUGUGGGCGACCACAACGAGGGGCAUGACAAAUUCCUGACCACUGCCCAGAGUCCUGGUGAUCAGGCCACUCUAGGAGCCCCAAUCCCCCUGGAGCUUGGGUGUGCUGACAAGCAGGGUGAUCCCCUCCUCCCUCUGUCUGAAGAUCUUCGUGGCUGAGCCUCACUGACAGCGUGGAGCCUGCACCAGGAGAGGCCAGAGAGGGUUCUCCCCACGACAACCCCACUGCACAGCAGGUCGCGCAGCUGCUUCCUCUGACGCAGGACUCCCCAGGAGCACCGAGGCUUGGGCAGCAACCCCUGCAUGCUAUUCUUUUCACGGUGCCGAGAUCAGGGAGAUAAACAUCACCAUCAUCUAAGAGCUGGUCAAGAAAUUUAAAAACAAACAAACAAACAAAGUUUAGGGGAUAAUAUCCUACACAAUUCAUUUACUUCCUUUGAAUGUUAGAGCCACUCAUGUUUAUUUGUGUUUCUAACUUAAUUUAAAUUUAUUUGUUAAAAAGUUACAGAAGAGUGGGUCUUUCCCUCAUGUUCACUAUGUCAUCCUUUAGCAUUUUUCUUUUUAUUUGAUAACUGUAGGUCAUUAGCAUGCAUAUCGAGUUUGCCCUAUGUGGUGGGAGUUCAAACAUGCAAAAACCCACUAUAUGCACAAAACUGUUCUUGCUGGUUUGGAAUAGGCUGCCAUGAUUUUUAAUGUUAUUGCAGCAUGUAUGUUCAUUAUGGAAUUCGAAUAAAAUUUGCCUAUGUUCUGCUAUUA